AUGAUUGCGCGUGUGCGGGAGUUGCAGAACCAGAACGAGAAGUCAAAGAGUGCAGGCUCUGGCGGCGCCGACUUCUCGCUUUGGGGGGGAGCUAUGCUGGGAGCACCACCAGAGGCGGUAACGAAGUACAUCGAGGAUAACGACCUUGAUGAAAGCGCCGCACGUUCUCUCCGAGCCCUCCCACCCCACAACCAGGCCAUUGCGAUACGGUGGGAUUUAUCCCAGUACAAGAAUCCAUCGGCCAAGUUUAUGUCCAUGGCAGCAGCGCUGGGAAACACGCCACCUCCACGGAUGCCUAUGCCACCGAUGUAUGGAAUGCCUCCACUUGCUGGACCUGGAGGAGUGCCUGCCAUGUACUCCAUGCCACCACCGGGAAUGGGACCUCCUGGCAUGGUGCCAUCCAUGUAUAGUAUGCCACCGCCAGGCAUGGGGCCAAUGAUGGGAAUGAUGCCGCCUGGAAGAUGA